AUGAAGGUUUCCGGCAGCAUGGAACCUACACUCCGGAGACGCCAUGGAAGGGACAACGUCCGGGUAUUCAAGCCCCUCCUUCGCGCAUAUGCACUCGGGUACUUAUCUUCUGUCACCCCGAAAUUGUUGUCUUAUGUCCGCCGACUGCGCAAUAACGAUUGGACUGCGCAACAGAAACUUCAAGAGUUAGCUAAAGUCUUGGCUGGUCCUUUACGUCUGAACAGUUUCCCAACAGCUUGUGCUUCCCUGGUCGGUGGCUCAACCCUACUACCAAUAGGAUUGUAUCGUCUGUGUGCAUUGAUCACGGCAGGUCUCUCCAAACGUGACGUUCAGAUCUCACAAAGGCUGGACCGCUUAAUUAGAUUCAUCAUCUCUCUUCUAUCUGGAUGGUUCAGUUUUCAACUGCUCAACAAGAACCGCAUCUGUCUGCCAAUAGAAGAUGUUAGAACUAUCCGGAACUCCACAGAUCAGGGGAAAGACUCCAGUCAGCUUAUGGCCAAUUCGCUGGAACAUCACCGCCCAGAGUUAGCAGGGAGGACAAUGGACCUCACCAUCUACAUGGUCACAAGAGCCGUAGAUGCGCUCGCAUGUGUUGCAUGGGGUCGCUGGUCCCGUCGCCGCCGGGCCCAGAAUCGCUGGACGACUGUCGAAUCCCUUGUCCCUGACUUCGCCGACGCAACUGUCUUUGCCAUGAGUGCGGCUGUGGUCAUGUGGGCGUGGUUUUAUCUCCCCGAAAGACUGCCCAGAGCCUAUGAGAAGUGGAUCGGGGAAGCUGCUCAGGUCGACUCACGUUUAAUUGAAGCCCUGCGCCGUGCUCGACGGGGAGUUUUCGUCUAUGGAAAGGAUACAGGCCAGGCACCUCUUCUCCAGUCGAUGUGCAAUGACUACAACUGGCCAGAGGUAUGGGGUGACCCAUCAAAAUUUGUCCCGAUUCCUUGCGAAAUGGUUCACAUGGGCUGUGGCCCCAGCUGUGAAAAACACGCAUUGUAUCGAUUUGCCAGAACCUUCAAAUAUGCCUGUGCAACCUAUAUACCCCUACAGAUUAUUUUCCGUCUGCGCAGGAUGAAAUCUGCAACUGCCCUUCGUCGGGCCCUUUCUGAUGCAGCACGAUCAUCUGCCUUCCUCGCAUCUUUUGUGAGCUUAUUUUACUACGGUGUCUGUCUCGCUCGGACACGACUCGGCCCCAAGGUCUUUGACGCGAAGACGGUCACUCCGAUGAUGUGGGACUCUGGGCUAUGUGUCGGUGCGGGAUGUCUCAUGUGCGGCUGGAGUAUAUUGGUUGAAAAGACGCGGAAGAGGCAGGAGUUGGCGCUAUUUGUGGCACCCCGGGCUGCCGCCACGGUUUUGCCACGGUUGUAUGAGAAAAAGUAUCAAUACCGAGAGCGCAUCGCAUUUGCUGUUAGCGCUGCUGUUCUUAUCACUUGCCUCCGUGAGCGACCUAGCAUGGUACGAGGAGUGUUUGGUCGCAUCACAUCGAGGCGCUCUGCGCUGACGGGAACGAUCCCGCAGCGAUCAAUCUAUCUCCGAAAGAGCGUCUUCGAGGUGGAGCGAAGGUAUUUCUCGAAGAAUAUCCUGCUUCAUGAACAACGCAAUUCAUCUACAGCGCCUUUCAAUACCCCGGAAUCACAAAAACGCAAUAACUCUACAUUGUACUAUACCAUCAGUAUGAUCCUUGGAACGGUUGCCCUAGCAUAUGGAUCUGUCCCUCUCUACAAAAUGAUUUGCCAGCAGACCGGUUGGGGCGGUCAGCCCAUUCUCACCCACCGAAUCGGCGACGGUGAUACCUCUGCACGUGUGACGCCUGUGACAGAUUCUCGUCGCCUGCGCAUUACAUUCAACGGCUCGGUAUCGGAUGUCCUCCCUUGGAAGUUCACUCCCCAGCAGCGUGAAGUCCGAGUGCUGCCCGGCGAGACGGCGCUGGCAUUCUAUACCGCAACGAAUAAGGGUCCGCAGGAUAUUAUUGGAGUUGCAACAUACAGUGUCACGCCAGGUCAGGUUGCGCCGUACUUUAGCAAGAUCCAAUGCUUCUGCUUUGAGGAGCAGAAGCUCAAUGCGGGAGAGUCGGUUGAUAUGCCUGUCUUCUUCUUCAUCGAUCCUGACUUUGCUACCGAUCCUAAUAUGAAGGGCAUUGAUACUAUUACCCUGUCAUACACCUUCUUUAAAGCUAAAUAUGAUGACAAUGGUGUUCUGACGCCAAUCGCAUCAUAA